AUGCCCCCCUCAAGGCCGAUACUCCUCCGUUUCGAGAGCCGUAAUGGCCAGUUCAGGUUAACGGUCAACCCUUCUGAGCUAUUCACCGAGCUCGCUGCAAAGAUCGCUGAACAUCUUCCCGAGAACACAGACCCCAACUCUAUUAUUUUAUCGAAUAAGCCCAUUGGUGUAGGUGGCCAGGAGCGACUAUUGAGUAGUUUGGAUGGUGUCUCGAUAGAAAGAGUUGGUUUGUCUCACGGAGACAAACUAUUUCUAGGAUACCAGGAAAAAUCUGCACUAUCGAACGGUGCCUCCCAUGUCCAGCCUCCGUCCAACUUAACGACCGAAUCGCGACUCCUCAACGGCGCUGCCGUACCCCAACAACCUACAGUUCCCCUUCCUCCUCGACCGAGAUCACCAUCCGCCGUCAUCCAAAAUCCCUGGGAAGUAGUGGAACAGUUGCCUCUCGACGACGCGUUGGACAAGAAAGAUGGAAAGAUCCCACGACCGCGCGAUGCGAAAAUGUGCAGACAUGGACCUAAGGGUAUGUGCGACUACUGCAUGCCACUAGAACCCUACGCCCCGGAAUACCUAGCCGAGAAGAAAAUCAAACACCUCUCCUUUCACUCCUAUCUACGAAAAAUCAAUUCAUCAACCAACAAACCAGAGCUGAAGAGCUCAUACAUGCCGCCGCUAAGUGAGCCGUACUAUCGUGUCAGGCGAGAUUGCCCAUCGGGACAUCCCCAAUGGCCCGAAGGUAUAUGCACGAAAUGCCAGCCAAGUGCUAUCACACUGAAACCGCAGGAAUUUCGCAUGGUCGAUCACGUUGAGUUUUCAUCCCCAAGCCUAAUCAACGGGCUUUUAGACUUUUGGCGAAAAUCUGGUGCUCAGCGACUCGGAUAUUUAUACGGUACUUACGAGGAAUACACUGAAGUUCCUUUGGGCAUUAAGGCUGUCGUUCAGGCCAUUUACGAACCUCCUCAGGUGGAUGAAGUUGACGGUAUCACUCUCAAUGAAUGGACGAAUGAAGCAGAAAUAGAUGAGGUUGCUCGUCUCUGUGGAUUACAAAGGGUUGGCGUGAUUUUCACUGACCUUCUGGAUGCUGGAAAAGGGGAUGGUACGGUCGUAUGCAAACGUCACGUUGAUUCAUACUAUCUGUCAUCACUGGAAAUAGUAUUCGCUUCUCGGCAACAGGCCCAGCACCCCAAAGCGACGAAAUGGAGUGAAACAGGACGCUUCGGAUCAAAUUUUGUCACCUGUGUGUUGAGCGGUGAUGAGAACGGAGCUAUAACAGUCAGUUCCUAUCAAGCAUCAAACUCUGCUGUGGAGAUGGUACGAGCGGACAUUAUCGAACCCUCGGCGGACCCGUCCGUUAUGCUCGUCCAGUCUGAAGACGAUGACGAUCCAGGCAGCAAAUUACGAUAUAUCCCAGAAGUCUUUUACCGCAGGAUUAAUGAGUAUGGGGCCAACGUACAGGAGAAUGCCAAACCCAGUUUCCCCGUGGAGUAUCUUUUAGUUACACUGACACACGGAUUCCCUACGGAAGAGUCUCCUAUGUUUAUAGACAGCACGUUCCCGAUAGAAAACCGAGAAGUCAUCGGCGAGAGCCAGGAGCUCCGGACAUUAGCGAAGAAGUUGGUGGCCCACGGUGAUCCGAACAAAGCUAUUAGUGCAGUGUCCGAUUUCCAUCUGCUUGCGUUCCUCCGAUCUCUAGGAACGUUUAAUGCGGAAGAGGAAAGACUUCUCUACCGUGUGGCUUCCACUCAUGACCCUGCAGAAGGUAUGCAACUCGUGAACACUAGUGGAUGGGCAACCCUUGUCGCAAUUCUUCAGGAGAGUGUCUAGAGUAAGGAACGAUAGCACAUAGACGUGUCGAACGGAAAACGAAUAAACCCAUCAAAUGAUUAAUAGAUUUCUCGUCCUCCUCGCCUCCUUUUCACACCAAUCUGAAUAAAUAUAUCCACUAAUACGUGAACCAACUCCCGAGUCCUCGUCGAAUAGAGUCGCUACGAAAAUUUUAUAAUCAUUGCAUUGCGAGCGGGGGGUCGCUAAGCUCAUUGUAUUCCUGGUACAAAGGAACUGGAUGAAGAAGCGCAGAAUGCAUAUAUCCUUGCUCAUAUCAUUACGACGUAUUGAGGAAGAUCUGAUGAGUCAAAG